UCCAAACAGGUGUCAGUGUUUUGUCUUCAUACCAUGAUGGACAUGUACUAUCUCCAUAACGAAUCAUGGAAAAACAUGACUUUAGAUGCAUCUGCCUCUUCAUUCAGUGGACUGCAGCUCCUGAUCGACCUGAAGCCACUCUUCAUCCCUUUGUAUGCCAUGCUCGUCCUGGUAGCAUGUUCUGGAAAUCUCCUCCUCCUCAUCUUCAUCGGACUGAACAAGAAACUUCACAGCACUACAAACUUCCUCAUUGGAAACCUGGCCCUGGUUGACUUGGUUAUGUGCUUGUUCUGUGUUCCCCUGACUGUAUUUUAUGCCUUUGAUGAGCGCGGUUGGGUUUUUGGCCAGUUCAUGUGUCAUUUUGUUACUCUGAUGCAGACCGCGACUGUGUUUGCGGCAGUUCUGUCAUUAACCGCCAUUGCGGUGGACCGAUACGUGGUGGUCGCAUACCCAAUCCGGCGUCGCGGAGGUCGUGCUUUCUGCAUGUGGUUGGUGGUCAGCAUAUGGCUCUGUGCAUUAGCAAUGUCCACCCCAACUGCUCUGCACACUGUCUACCUGGAUCUUAGUGCGACAGGUCAUGAAAUGGUGGUUUGUGAGGAGUUCUGGCAUGGGCAGGAGCUCAGUCGUCUAAUAUAUUCAUGUUUCUUCCUGCUCCUUUCUUAUUUUGUUCCUCUAGCAGCCGUUUCCAUAUCCUACUGUGCAAUCUCAUGUCACCUGCAACACCGAGCUACGCCUCGGCUCAUGGCCGCUACACCUUCCAACCAGGAAAAGUGGGGGCGCAAGAGGUCCAAGACAUUUCGCCUCCUACUGGUGUCUGUCCUGUCAUUCGCAUUCUCCUGGCUCCCCUUGCAGGUGGUCAACCUCAUUCGUGACUUGGACACCGACUUUGCCAUACUGACCAAGAAUCACGUCAAUGUGAUCCAGGUGUCGUGCCACUUGUUAGCCAUGAGCUCGGCCUGCUACAACCCCUUCAUUUAUGCUUCUCUUCACAACAAGUUCCUGUCAUAUCUAUGCCAGAACAUAUUUCAAAGAAGAAAACCUCAUCAUACUCAGAGUAGCCUCACAACCUCCAGCCGAAUGCUCCGCUUGAAUACUUCUAGCACUCUAGCUGACAUUCCCAUGGCCAUUAGCAAGAUUUCACAGGACUGAAGCAUUUCGCAAAGCACACAAAUGUUGCUUGUUUAUGUUGUAGAACUGAACCGACAAAUUCUGUACCAUAAUCAACACUGAUUUGUUAAACCAAUGACUGUGUUCUUAAAGCUAUAUGUACUCCAUUGAAUGUGCUGUGCCAAAACUACUCAUGUACCCUCAGGUCAUGCUUGUGUCGAUAUGUAAACGUUUCGCCCGAAUAUUCCAAAGUGUUGCAAAAAUAUAGCCUCAUCCGUUUUGAAAAAAAAACAGCAUAUGCUGGUUAGGUAUCUUUUUAACAGGGUAAUAAGAGACAAUAUGCUAGUAAAAUGCUUGCUAAUAAGCAACAAGUUAAUAGUGAGAAUUGGUCCUUAAAGUGUUUGCCUGUUUUUCUUACUUUGGAAAUGAUGUUAUGUCUAAAGUGAUUGUAUAAGCUUUUAUUCUAGCUUUGAAUACACACGGGUGGUAUAAAAAAAAAAAAAAGAAGCUAUUGUUCACUCAUUGUGUUAAUGUAUUCAUUUAGCAGCAUUAAGGAAAUGUAUUAAUUAUGUAUGUCCAUCUGUUUGAUGUUAAAUACUGCACUCAAGUGUCUAUUAGAGGUUUCCUUAAAACAUAAAACCCUCUGUUAUACAAUACAAUGUAAUCCAUCACAUAAUAAAUGAAUAAAGGUGUAGCAAGCAUAGUAUAAAUUCUCAAGUAUCCUAUUUUAGAAUGCUCAGUGUUUAAAUAUUAAAUAUAAAUACUGUUAAUACUUUACAGUAAGGUUCCAUUUGUUAA